GGCUGAAAGGGUUACAGGUGAUGUCAGUAAUCUCUCUCUUUCUUUCUGUCCCUCUCUCUCUCUCUCUCUCUCUCUUUCUAUCCUGGUUCUCCACCCUGUCUCCCUUCCCUUCACUUCUUUCCCCUCCCUCCCUGGUGUCUUGGGGGGUGGGUGCUGUGUGUGUGUGUGUGUGUUGGUGGGGGAUGGUGGGUGCUGUCUAGAUGUUUGAAUUGAGAUGGCUGCAGAGAACAGAGGGGACUUGAGCCAGACUAGGAGCACGGCGACUGCCCCAGCCAGCAGAGACAUGCCCCUGAAAAGCGUCAGCAACUCGGUGUGUAGCCCAGCCAGCAGCCUGAUCAAUAGCCUGAUCAAUAGGCACCCUGCCAGUGCCAAGCCUCCUGCCAUCCCCAUGAAGGACCAGGACGCGAUCAAACUGUUCAUUGGACAGAUCCCGAGGAACCUGGAGGAGAAAGAGCUCAAGCCCCUGUUUGAAGAAUUUGGCAAAAUCUAUGAGCUGACGGUUCUGAAAGACAGAUACACCGGCGUGCACAAAGGAUGCGCCUUCCUCACAUACUGCUCGAGGGAAUCUGCGUUGAAAGCACAGACUGCACUACAUGAGCAGAAGACGCUGCCUGGG